AUGGCUUUUCUACCAUUUACUGUGGGUUUACGUCAUAUCUGCAGUUCCCAUCCGCAAAAGAUUUUAACAUUUGUUCAGGGAAGCGUUUGGGCUCAUUGUCCUAACAAUGCCGCCGAAGAUGUCGAUCAAUUUAUCGAGACAUCGCAUGCAGCUUUCACUUCAUAUCGUCAGAUAAAUCCAAGAGAACGGGCAAAGAUCCUCCUCAGAUGGCACGAACUAAUUUCAAAUGCCCGAGAGGAUAUUGCCAAAUUGGUUGUUUGGGAGACUGGAAAGCCCAUGGGCGAGGCUCUUGGAGAAGUUGAUUACGCUCUAGGCUUUGCUUGCCGCCGCACCAUUGUCAUCAAGCAGCCUAUUGGUGUUUGCGUGGCCCUUGUUCCCUGGAACUUCCCAGUGGCAAUGAUUAUCCGAAAGGUGGCCGCUGCUGUUGCUGCCGGUUGUUCCAUCGUUGUUAAGCCCUCCCCCGAGACUCCCCUAAGCAUUAUGGCGCUUGCAGAUCUCAUUCAACGUGCCGGCCUACCAGCCGGAGUCCUCAAUGUUAUUUCAACGGAUAAUGCCAAUACACCAGAUGUCAGUGAACGACUCUGCAAACACCCUCUUGUCCGCAAGGUCACUUUCACCGGCAGUACAGUGGUUGGAAGUAUCGUUGCCAGACACUGUAGCGUGGGGCUGAAAAAACUUACGAUGGAGCUAGGCGGCAACUGUCCAUUCAUCAUUUUCAAUGAUGGUAACUUGGAUCAAGCUUUAGCGGCUCUUAUGGUUCUUAAGUGGCGUACAGCUGGCCAGGCAUGCACUCACGCCAAUCGAGUCUAUGUUCAAAGUGGAGUCUAUAAGAGGUUCACUGAGAUGAUAGUCGAUGCCACCAAGAAACUCAAGGUUGGGCAUGGGGCCGGAGAAGACACCUCCAUGGGCCCUCUCACUACAGGCCGAGGGAUCACGAAACUUGAAUCCCAUGUUUCUGAUGCUAUAAGUAAGGGAGGCAAAGUCCUCUGUGGUGGGAAACGACCAAAUUAUAUGGCCAAGGGCUAUUUCUUUGAGCCUACCAUUAUCUCUGACAUGUCUGCGGAUAUGUUGACUACGAAGGAAGAGAUCUUUGGCCCACUUCUUGGCCUUUACAAGUUUGAGACCGAGGAGGAAGUUGUCAAGGCAGCAAAUGACACUUCAAUGGGACUGGCGUCAUAUUUCUUCACAAGAGAUACAAGCCGGACAUGGAGAAUGCUUGAGAAUUUAGAAGCUGGAAUAAUUGGCAUGAACACAGGAAACUCCUCAUGUGCCGAGUCUCCAUUCGGAGGCAUUAAGAUGUCUGGCUAUGGGAAGGAAGCUGGGAAGGACGUCGCAAUCGAGGAAUAUCUCAUUCAAAAGACUGGAACUCUAACAGUUGAUUCAGAUUAG